AAACAUUAAGUCUCAUAAGAAUUUAUCUUGACCUUAUAUACACUUAUAGAGAUAUUUUCUAUUUUAGAUAGAUGCGAAUUAUUUACGAGAUCUUUAUGAUGUAUUUUGAAUAAUUCUAAUCAUAUUAUUAUAAUAAAUAGAUUGAAAACUAACCAGACUGAAUAAUAUUGAUUGGUGAUUGAGUGGGGAUGAGUGUUGAGUCAGUCGUUUCUCUAUUUAAGUGUGCCAUGGUGCACUGGCUCACCUUUUCUGAAGAAUUAUUCGGAAUUUAAUUUUCGUGGUAAUAAUCGAAGAAUAAAGCAAAUCUAUCGAAUGAAAAGAAUAAAGAAUACAUGUUUGACAAGACAUCAAAGAAAUGGAAUAUAUACCAGCAACUGCAGCCAGCCAAAAUUUGGUUUGCGAUGUAAAACAUUGUUUAGUUUAUAUUUACUUAACUUUCGAACAAUAUUUAUUAAAUUAUAUAUAACAUACCUUGAUCAGGUUUAGUACAAGUGUAACAUAAGUCUAGAGAGUUCAACUAUUGCUGGAUUUUUGAAAUACUAAUAUACAAACAUGGUAUCAUUGAGGUCAGGUAUAUGAGUCUAUAAAGACCUCAGCAUAAUAGUUAUUAAGAACAAAAAUGAACUUAAAAACUAGAAGAAAACAUAUACAAAAGGAAAAAAAAAUCAAGAAAGAGCGAGAUUAAGCAAUGGGAACAAUAUCGUCAAUCUUCUCAAAGCCAAAACCACCACAUAACUACGAAGCGAUUCUAAAAUAUUCAGACUCUGCUCUUCCUCCUGAUGCUACGUCGUCUCUUGACAAGUUAUACCCUCAGCUAUUCGAUGGCGUUUUCUUGAAGGACAAGAAACAGAAGUACUGGAUAGAGGGUAAAGCUAAGAAGAACUGCUUCAUGUUGUACGCGAGAGAUCUAGCGAUUUCAUUGGCUGAGUUUCAAACAAAUAAUAACUGGAGUUGGUUUACUGAUAUAGACCAAACAUCCAGUGAUGCAAGAAUUGAGGUUGCAAAGCUGGAAUGGGUAGCUUGGUUAGAAGUGUUUGGAAACUUUGAGAUGGAGAAUCUAACUCCCAACAGUUUGUACGAGGUUGUGUUUGUGGUUAAGCUGGUUGAUCCUGCGCAGGGAUGGGAAGUUCCGGUUUACUUCAAACUGGUUUUACCGACAGGAGAAACCAAAGAGCGGCAAGAGAAUAUGACUAUGCUAGGAAGAAACCGGUGGGUGGAGAUUCUGGCCGGUGAGUUCAGGACAUCGCCGGAAUAUAUUUUCGGGAAGAUUGAGUUUUCGAUGUAUGAGGUUAAAGGUGGGUUGUGGAAGUCCGGUCUGGUUGUGAAAGGUGUUGCUAUAAGACCCAAGAAUUAAAAUAUUAAAUCUUGUAAGCUAAAACAAUAAAAUUGAAUACGAAAGUCACUAUGAUCUAACCAA